CCUCCUAUAACUCUAAUGGAAACAGGAAAAAGAAAAAACAAGAAACGAUUAGAAACUCAAAUGUGACAAAAAGUCAAAAAAUAGAGGAGGAAACAAAAACAUGAAGAUUACUCAUCAUUGUUUGGUUUCUCUUCUCUCUAUCCUCCUUUUGUCUGGAUUCGCUUUCUCUCAUCACAUCUCUCUUGAUGAAUUUGAGUCACACCCAUCCACAAGCCGAGCUCUUCUUCAGGCAAAGGCAACAUGCAAAGAAGAUUUUGCGGCAAAGAAUUACACAAUCAUAACGAGUAAAUGCAAAGGACCAAAUUACCCGGCCAAAGUAUGUUGUUCGGCCUUCAAGGACUUUGCUUGCCCAUUCGCGGAAGUUCUUAACGAUGAAAAGACAGAUUGUGCCUCCACAAUGUUUAGCUACAUCAAUCUCUACGGUCGUUAUCCUCCUGGAAUAUUCGCUAACAUGUGCAAAGAAGGCAAAGAAGGUCUCGAUUGCACCGACGUCACCCCUACAUCAUCUUCCCAUGCAUCGAUCCCUCUUGUUUCCACACACGUUUUGCUAAUCACCGUUUCCAUCUUGUUUCACCUCUUCUAAAGACUUGUAAAUGUUACAAUAUGAGUUAUAUAUUGCAUUCCAUUGUUAGUUGCUUUGUGAGCAUAGAUGUAAAUGUUUGAUUUUUGUUUGCACUCUCAUUAACAUCAUUCGUUAUGCCCGGUGUCGAUAACUCUACCAGUCGACCUUAAGGAACUCAAGGGAUUGCAUGACUAAGUUCCGAGUUCCAAUCCUAGGCAAUGAAUAAUAAUUCUAGAACAUGUGUGUUUGGUACACAUCAUAACACUAGCAUUCCUAACAUGUUUUGUGGAUCAAGAACAUGUGUGUUUGGUCAUUAAUGGGCUGAGCUAAUCUCUUAGGCCAUAUAGAGUCACUAGUUUAUUUAUGAAGACAUGUUUGGUAAACCAAAUAGAAGAAACAUGAACCUCAUAAAUCAUGCCUCUUGUCUUGGUGGUACACUUUAAGCCGAAGUUACAAUAGUGAUGUGAAAGAAAGAAAAAAAACGAAACUUAAAAUCAGUAAAUCUUUGUAGUUAAUCAAAUGGGGUAAACAAUAAGAACCCUUACAAAUCAGAACAAUGCAAAUGUUAUCGGUGAGCAGUAACAAGCGUCUCGAUGAAUCGUAACCCAUCAAACCUUGGAGCAAACUUCUCAUCUCCCCCAUCUUCCGACGAACCCUUCUUCUUCCUCUGUUUUUCCUUUGCCUCCUAACCACAAUCAGCAGCUAAAAAUUAUUCUUUACACAUCCGAAUCCAUGUAAAAGUUAAAAACUCUCCAACUUUGUAAUUUGAUAAAUUUUUGACUAUGAGAAACUUAUUGUGAGUACUUGAAACAGAGGAGGAACUUUAAAUGCUACCGAGAAACAAAUAAACAAGAGCUUGAUUCUUCUUUUUUUACCUGACGAGAGAGAUUAGAUUCCGGCGAAGAGAAUGACACGGAGGUGUUGGUAGAGCCGGCGGAGAUCGCCGUGGCAGAAGCCGCGACAGAGAUGGAGGCUGCGAUGAUUCCAGUUUUCUUCAUGUCUUGAUCUUAAACUUUCCCAAAUUCGUGGACUCUGUUUAUACUUUUUUUUGUUUUUCUGUGUUAAUAAAAUAAAAUCUGCAACCGUAGGCAGAUGAGAGAAAAAUGUGGGAAAAAUUGAGGUGUUGGCUUCGAUAGUCGACGGUUUAUAUACGCAAUGGGGACAAAAGUUAAAUUACGCUAGUUGACCAAUUUAUGUAUCGAUAAAGUAUGUUACCGUUUUACCCUUUUCUAAA